ACGCGUUUCUUCGUCAAGAGAUGAAAUGCUUGUUUUUAUUACGAAAUGCCACUCUCCUACCGGAGUCCCUAACCUCUCUGCUCUCCUUGGAUCUCCCUCUCCCUCUAUCUCCCCCUUCUUUCUCGAAUCCAUACAAAUCUCCGAUCCCUCUUCGAUUCUCUCAGCGACAAGUUCCGGUCACUCUUCUUUAGGUUCUUGGUAGAAGAGAUGGUUGUUUGCAAAUGCCGCAAGGCGACUAGGCUUUAUUGCUUUGUUCACAAGGUGCCUGUUUGCGGGGAAUGCAUCUGUUUUCCAGAACACCAAAUCUGUGCGGUAAAAAAAUACUCUGAUUGGGUAGUUGAUGGAGAGUAUGAUUGGCCUCCUACAUGCUCCUUCUGUAAUGCUGCAGUUGAAGCUGGAAAUGAUCAGACUACCCGACUGGGUUGCUUGCAUCUUAUGCACACAAAUUGUUUGGUGUCGCAUAUUCAAAGCUAUCCACCACAAACUGCGCCAGCAGGAUAUAUUUGUCCUGCAUGUUCUUCACCUAUAUGGCCUCCUAUAAGCAUUAAAGAUACAGGAUCUCGCCUCCAUUCAAAACUCAAGGAAGCAAUAAUCCAGAGUGGCUUGGAGAAAAAUGUAUUUGGAAAUCACCUUGUUUCAUUGCCUGCAGCAGAGAGCCGUGUUCCUCCUCCUGCUUUUGCUUCGGAUCCACUUAUGCGUGUAUCUGGUGUCGAAGAUAGAGAUAAAAGUAGUGCAGAUUCAUUUACCAAAGAAGCAAAAUACUCAGAUGAAGCACACUCUGCUGCUGGAACAGGUUCUAUUAAACUUUCAGAAUCGGAGAUUGUUGAAAUAGAUGAUAGUUCGUUAGGAAACCAAUUAAAGCCAGACCAAGAGCCCAACUUCAUAAAAAGUGUGAGCCCGAAGGGUCCUGGUGCUACCACAAGGAAGGGCACUUACCAUGUUGAAAGACAAAAUUCAGAAAUAUCAUAUUAUGCUGAUGAUGAAGACGGAACACAUAAAAAGUACACAAGAAGGGGUCCUUUCCGUCAUAAGUUUCUGAGAAUGUUGCUUCCUUUCUGGUCUAAUGCAUUGCCAACUCUACCAGUGACUGCACCACCACGCAAAGAUCUAGCCAAUACAAAUGAUGUUCCAGAAGGACGUCUGCGACAUCAAAGAUCCUCAAAGAUGGACCCCAGGAAAAUCUUACUUGUCAUGGCGAUCAUGGCAUGUUUGGCAACAAUGGGCAUCCUCUACUAUCGAUUGGCACAGCGCAGUCUUGGUGAAGAAGUGCCUGAAGAUGAACCUCAGUAGGUACUGUUUAGCCUUUUCUCAUGCAAGUGUUGUGUGGUAUUGUUUCAUAAACUUUUCGGUUUCUGGGCCUUCAUUCCAGGCCAUUUCCCUUCCUGUGAAGCAAACAUACCGCCACCAAAAAACUACUCCUUAUAGAGUGAUUAAAUGUUGUUUACCUGAUGUUGAAAGAACUUUUGCUUACCAAAUCAUUAUCUACUCAUUUUAGUCAUUUCCCACUCCCUUAGAAACCAUGUACGGCAGCUACUUUUGGAUUGAAGAAUGCAAGUUGUAAUCUGUUCACAGCCUGAUCUAUUGUGCUGAUAGGUUGGUUUAUAUUAUGUCUUCCUUUGUCAUGAUUGCCUUAAUAAGAUGCAGAGAAUGCUAGCCAUGCUUGCCUUGCUGUUUGAGAUGCCUCUCCGUGAUGCUUUUCAACAUCUGUUUGUUUCCUAUGGUUGUUGAGGACCAUAACAGAUGCACCAUAAGCUCUCCUCGGAUCACUCUGCACUCUUCUCUUUUGGAUAUAUGCACUUUUUUCUCGAGUGAGGUUCAGACUUCAGAACCAGAUCCUUGGUUUAAAAAAAUGUCUUCAUGGUGAAUAGUGUAAUAUGGAAAUGGUUAUGUAUUUGCCAUUUAACAGGCGGUACUGAUUUUUUUUAUAUAUUUUGGUUGCUACUUAUCUAUUUAAUAUAAAGUUAGAAAAGAAUAUUUCUUUUGUACAAAUUGAUAUUUAUUCAUAAGAGCUCUCUUCCACAA